UUUUAUUUAUUUGUUUGCCUUCAAGUCGUUUGCCACGUUGAACUCACCUCUGGGUUCAACACCAGCGCUAAGAACCAGCUAACGGUUCCCCAAGACUCCAAGGGUUCUGGAAGCCAAGGAGGGCGCCGCUGGGGUAGACGGUCAGCCGGUGCUGGAGGCUCGCGGUUUCCAAUUUCCAUGUUCAUGGGCUCAAAGUCCGAGAAGGGACCUGGUGAUGGCAGCAGCAGCGAGGAGUCGGCCGAGCAGCGAGGAGUCGGCUGAGCAGCGCGGAGAACUGUGGACCCUCUACGGCAUUUUCCAGCUGAGCGACCGCGUCAUGUGCAAUUCUAGUUCCGUGCCAUCACUGAACAUCUGUCAGAUGGACUGCCAAGCCUUUCUGGAUGAUGACAUUGCUGAUGAUAUCGCCUGCGCUGUAAAAAUUAUACCCAAAAUGAUGUCCAACCCUGAUGAACAAACAGAGGCCAAGGCUCUCUUAAAGAAAAUCUUUUCUCUCUUGUCGCAGGAUGGCGCUGUUGUUCCAGCCGGAAUGCAGCGCUGUAAAGUACAAGGAGUUCUUUGCCGCCUGCCAGUGAGCAACUCAAGGCCAUGUUGUAAGAGUAGGAUAAAUGCAAUCAUUCCCUAUUUGCAUUUUGUAGAGUAGUAAAAUUGCAACAGUUCUACGCAAUCACGCCUUCUCAAAAGAAAUAAUA